AUGACCAACCAAGAGAACAUGCGGGGCUAUUCCAACUCCAACCAAAGCUCCAAAACCCCAGCCCCAGCCCCAUCGUCCUCAACCUCAAACAACCCCUCCCACCAAGCCCCUCCCAACCCCGCAGCCCCCUCGCUGGCAACCCGCAUCCAAACCUCCGCAACAGGCCUAGCAAGAAGCGCAUUCCAACCGAGCCCCGACCUCGCCAAGACCCUAGCAUCCAGCACGAGCAGUAAACAAGCCGGUCCAUCCAACCUCGCAAAUACACAGACAAGCAGGGAGCUAUCCACAAAUACCACACCGCAUGGAGGUCCCGGUUCCGCGUCCGGGUCAGGUUCCAGUUCUGCAACGCAAGCUUUCCGCGAACAAGAUACAUCGACACCCACACCGGGUGGAUUCGCUCUACCCGCCUUGACGGAAGACGAGUUCCAGCAUGCAUACGGGUACGAUGAAAUAGGAAUAGGAAUAGGAGAUGAGAGAGAGAUGAACCUCCUACGCACACCCGUAUCCACAACCACAGCCACAAAAACAACUACAAACCAACCCCAACCCCACGAAGACAUCCAAACCUCCUCCUCAACCUGGAAAGGCAAAGCACGCGCCCACGACCCGAACCAACACCAGUUUGAAACCGUCUGGCAGCGCCAAUAUCCACACAACCCGGAGAGGACAACAUCUACCUCAACGACAGACGGCGCAGCCGUCGUGUCUCUGCUAUCCGAUACAAACUUCGACCCGAAUUUCGAGGAUCCGACGACGGUGCCGGAUACCGAGAUUGAUAUCGCCGCUGCCCCGGGUCCGCUUUCUACGGCGGAGAGGGAGGCGCUUGACUCUUUUCGGAGGGGGUUGGGACUGAAUGAGGAGAAGGAGAAAAGGGAGGGACGGUUAACGGGGGCGAGUCUUGUCCCUGAUAUUGACGUCUUUUUGAGUCAGGGAGCUGGGAGUGGGAUUGGGAUUGGGGAGGGGGAUACUACAGGUUCCACUUCUACUUCUACUGCUACUUCCCUCCGCGAUGCUGUUCUGAUGAAUCUGCCCGGUGCGGGUGAUUGGGUUGGUGUUCAGGAGAGGUAUCAUGACGAGGUUUGGGGGUUUUUGCAGCCUGUGCUUGAAGAGGCGAGGGCCGAGAUUGAGGGGAAGGGGGCUGGGGAGGAUGGGCCUGCUGUGCGGCGGUUGAAGAUGAUUUUGAUGCAUAUGAAGGGGUGA